UUUUUCAUCUGAACAGAAACUAGUUUUUGCCUUUUGAGUGUUUAUCGUUUCUCGCUUUAACGCUUUCACGCAAUUAUCGAGACAUAACCUCCUUCACAGAAAACAUUUCCUUUUUCAUUCAAAUAAAAUAUUGAUGCCAAAGGUUCAUCUCUUUCUGUUACUUUGAGUGGAUCUAAACACAAUUUACAUGAAAAAGAUGAAAAUAACCGAACUUUUUAAGCAAGUUCUUGGCACAAAUCAAGAUGCGACACUUAAUGAAUCACAACUGCGCGAAGAUCACCUCUGUGAAAAAAACGAAAACUUUAAGGAAGCAGAAGUAAUCCAUGAUCUGAAAACACUUACUGAAGAGACAGUCUCGCACUUAAGUGAAUGGUCAAAAUUCUUAAAGAAAAUCACUGACUCAAAAACAUCUGACAUGCCAAUAAGCUUAAAGUCCUCAAGAAAACUAGAAGAUUUCCAACAAAGACUACGCAACAUGUAUGGAAUUUCCACCGGAGCACUCAUUUCUGGUGAUUUUAAGAAUCCGCAGAAUUUCUUGAAGGCUUAUGAACUAUGCAUUGGAAUAUUAAAGUUAUGUCUCGUUGAUCCAUUAAGGAAUUAUCCAGCUUUUCGCUACAUUUCAUUGUUUUCAUUUAAGUUUUAUAUCGGAUUACCUGACUCAUUAAGAAUCCUGACACGUACAUUUAUUGAGUCAAGUACCCUUGCUUUCUAUCGACUUUUAAAUAGCGAAGAUGACAGAAAAAAGUUGCUUGACAUUCUUUUUCCUUCCAAAUCUCGUUUGGCCUCAUUGUUUCCCAAAGAUGAUGUUUAUCAUUGGACAGCUCUUCAUAAUGCGAUUAAACGACGAAGGUCGAAAAUCGAGAGAGAAAAUAGAAAACCAAUGCUAAAACAGCAGGAGUUUCGGCGCACUUUUCAGCGCGCAGUCUGGCUUCUUUCUCAACAUAAACUUAAUUUUCAUCCUCCAAUUUUAAAGAUCGAAAAACCUAUCAAUGUGAAACCGAUACCUAACGGAACAGUAGGAACUACUACUGAUCUUAAAGACAGAAUCAUUGAAACAUCUAAUUCAUCUUAUUCUGAGGAUGAAUCAUCAUCAAAAAAGGACGCCGAACUUUUUGAGACUAUUCUCCUUAAAGAAGAAGCCGAUAAAAAAGUAUCUGCGAAGCACGCCGAUUCAGAAAGUGAUUUGUCCACGAACUCAAGUGAUGACAUACUUCUUGCACAUGAAUGCAAUUUGCCUAAAACCAAGAAACCGCGGAUACAACAUCCCUCUCCUAUAACUGAAUCCGUUCACCAUUUCUGGAAUAAUUUAGAGGAUUUGGAGCUUUUCCGCAUGAUCACUCUUUUCCGUGACUCUUGGUUUGAUAUAACGGAGUACCAAAAAGAAAUUGGCGGUCCUCUUUUACAUUUCACAUCAGACCAAAUUGCUCAAAGAGCACUAUUUAUUUAUGAGAUUUUUUGUUACGGAGGAAGGUUAAAUGAAUUGUUAUCUUAUUCCCAAAAUUGGGAAUUCAUUCAUCCAUCAACAUAAAAUUUAAAAGACCAAUUCACCAGAUGAUGACUUACCAACUUUUAGUUAAUAUCUUUCUAUUGUUGCUAAAUUACUUUUUUGAAGAGUAAGGGUGAUACACAAACUUCGCUCAUGCAUUUUUGGUGACAAAACUUGUUUUUCUAUUUUUUCAUGAG